CAAGGGCCGGCUGCGGCCUCCAGGCCGGGGCGCUUCCCGGGGAUGAGUCUGGCCUGUGGAGGGCGGCAGGCCGUGGGCUGCAGAGCAGGGAAGGGAAGGGCUCUCUGCAUUUCCCUAGCAGUUUUCCCUGCAGCAAUGGGCUACCUUUGCCAGAGCCUGGUAUCUCAUAGAUGGAAAGAUGCAACCACCCGGAAAACUUGCAGCUGUGAGUGUAAUCAGACUUCAGGGGAAGCAUAAACCUAUGUAUCAUGCACUAAGUGACUGUGGAGACCAUGUUGUCAUAAUAAAUACGAGACACAUUGCAUUUUCUGGUAACAAAUGGGAACAGAAAGUAUAUUCUUCUCACACAGGUUAUCCAGGUGGCUUAAAACAAGUGACAGCAACACAACUUCACCUAAAAGAUCCAACAGCGAUUGUUAAACUGGCUAUUUAUAGAAUGCUUCCAAAGAACCUGCACAGAAGAACUAUGAUGCAGAGGCUUCACCUCUUUCCAGAAGAUGUUAUCCCAGAAGACAUACGUAAUAAUCUUGUCGAGGAGCUUGCUCAGCCACGCCGAAUCCCCAAGAGGUUAGAUGAAUACACGCAAGAAGAAAUAGAUGCCUUCCCAAUGGUCUGGACUCCACCUAAAGAUUAUCGAAAAAUGUGAAAAAGAACUGAAAGAGGAAAGGAUGAGUUCCAGCAUCACAUUAACUUGGAAACCCACAUGCAUCUUAAUCAUCCAUUCUAUGUAGAGGACAGAUUUUUUUCAGGUACAAGGCAAAUUUGUUUGGGGAAGAUCAGUCAUCUUUAGUGUAAUGGAAACACCAAGCUAAACACUGAUAUAGUAUUUCUGACGUUACCUGUUCGAGAAUGUAUUGCAUGAAUCUGGCCUUUGAUGUUGAAUGUUAAUAAAAGGAUUUUUUUUUAUUUCUCUA